CCCUUAUUCUCUCACUCACUCUCAGGUGUCAAUCUCUCUCUCUCUCUCUCUCUCUCUCUCAACCCUCUCUAAACCCUAAUCUCUCUCAACCGAUCGAAUUAGCCUUCUUCAGCCCCGUUUGAUCUAAUCUCAGAGCGAUUGGUGAUUCAUCUCAGAUCCAAUCUCAGAGCGAUUAGCAAUUUCGAAGCUCUAUCGCCUCUACCAUCUGCAUCGGCGAGAGAAGCGAGGACCAUCGUCUACUAAGAAUGUUUUGAUUGAGGAAGUACUUGAACCUGGAGUAAGAGUUACUGUUGCUAUGGGAACCAAUCACAAUUUGGACGCAAUUGAAUCUUAAAAUUGUCAACUAGCAAGAUGAUUGGAGAGAGUUCAAAAAAAGCAGAGAAAAGAAUUAGAAAGGAGCGUGAAGCUAUAAUUGCUGUGACAAUGGAUGAAAGAAGAAAUGCAUCAUUCAGAAUUUUAGAUGAGUGUUCUACUUCUCCACAUGUUGAAUCACAUGAUAUGGAAGGAGUUGUAGACUCCACUCAAGUACCAAAGAAGAAAACUAGGGGGGCAUCAAAGUUAAAGAUGCAUGACAAAGGAAAACAAAAGUGUGAUGAAAUUGACUUCAAUGAAAGGAAUCAGCAUGUGAGACUUGAGUCAGUUAAACUAUCGACUUUAGAAGGGAUCUUGGUGCGAGAGACGGUGCCAAUAACCAUAGAGAGAUGGCCUGAUAUUCCAGAAGAGGUUAAAGACAAGCUAUGGGCCUGUGUGAAGCUUAGAUUCAAAAUACAUGAUUGCCAUAGGAAACACAUCAUGCAAAAGUUUGGUAGAUUAUGGCGCUCACACAAAUCUGAACUAUCACGAAAAAUAAGACCUCUUGGUAAAAGUGCUAAGCUAGCACACAAUAUUGUCCUCACCAAACCUGAUAAUGUAGAAAUGGUUGAAUGGAAAGCAUUUGUGAAACAACGAACUUCCAAAGAAUUUAAGGCAAAGAGUAAAAGAUUUAGGGCAAUGAGAAAAAAGCAAACCCUCUUUCACACCAUAAGUCAUAAAGGUUAUGCACAAUUAGAGGAUGAAAUGAGAAGAGAAAGUCGAGCACCAUCAUCCAUAUCAAGAGUUGAUGUUUGGAUUAAAGGGCAUACAAGGAAGGAAGGAAAAUCCAUGAAUGAAGUGCUUGAUGUAAUUGUGAAAAAUGUUCAAGAACUUCAUAAGGCUUCUACUGAUGAGGGUCCAAAAUCUAUAAAAGAUGAUGUGAUUUUUCAUACUUUUGGUCCCGAGCAUCGUGGGAGUGUACGAGGGCUGGGAUUUAGGGCAAUACCAUCUAAGGUUGAUGCACAAGUACACCAAAAUGAGCAUGUGAGAAAACUUGAAAGCGAGGUGCUGGACUUAGAACAACAACUCGAUGAGAUAAGAGCCAUGCUUAUCAAAGAAAAAAGGCAAAAUGAUGGUACCAAUCCCUCCCAAAGAAGCUCCGAUCUACUCCAAUCUACUCCUCAUGACAACCUUCCAACUUCAGUGAAUGAAGUUGGUUCUGUUACUGAAAGCAUUGAAGCUAUGAAAUUAUCUAAACGUGGUGGUUCUUCAAUUGUAAACCUUCCAACUGGUUUAGAUAUGGAUCAAAGUAAUGGUGUGUCGAGCUUAGCAAAUGUCAAAUGCAAGUUGUUGCAUUGGGAGGGGUCAAACUUGGUGGUAGCAAAAGGCCAAAUUGCAUCAAGGGAUCCCAAGUCAAAGGUGCAUCAUGCAACUCUUGGAGCUUUGUGUUGGAAAGUAUGGGUGAACCACGUAACAGUCAACGUGCCGUUGUUUCGUUCUACUCGUGAGAUGUAUGAUCUUCAAGAUGCAAUAGGAAGUAUAGUUGCAUGGCCUAGUCAAUUCAUUAUUUUGGACUAAAUAUUGGACUAAUUGAUUUACGAUUUGUAGUUAUACUUUUUGGAUGUUUAAAGUCGUAUUUUAGAGAUUAGCGAAUCUUAUGAUUUGGAUACUUUUUUU